CAGGGUUAUAGUUCAGUGGAUAACAGCAUUGAGUAUUUAAUGGAUUGAGCCGACACCCGGCAUCCGAGACACUGUCUUCAUGCGUUUGACGCACAGAACGCAUAAUACAUGAGUUUGGUGGUUUGACGCCUUUGACAUUUGUCUUUCUUCGAUUUGUAUUUUGUCGUUUUGUAGUCGCCAUUUUCCAUUUUAGGAGUUUAGUAAUAUUAAUUUUUAUUUUGUUCCCGCCGUUCCUGGUUUUACCAUUUUAGCACCGUUUAGUUUUACUUCAAAACGGUGAUUUUAGUUAUAUUUGGGAAUUAGCGGUUGGCGCAAAUGAAAUUAAUAUAAUAAUAAUAUGGAGUCUGAAUCUGGAAGUAACGACAACAUUGGUGAAUCCACAACAGCAACAGAAUUUCAAGUAGUGCAGCUAGUUGAAUCUUUCCAAAAUGUAGAGGGUGUAGCCAUUGCUUCGCCUACGAAUCAUAUAUGUACAAACAGUUCUUCUAAUAUCAUACUCGGUACUAUUCCAAAAGGGAAGUAUUAUAAACAAACCUACCGGCCUGCUUGGGAGCAAAUGCCUGAUUUCAAAGGAUGGCUCAGAGGAGUAGAAAAUGAACCUACAAGGGCCUACUGUACAUAUUGCCACAAAACAUUACAUGCUCAUCGGUUGAGUUUACUGAAACAUACUUGUACCAUUCGACACCAAAAAGCUGCCCAGUAUUAUAGUAGUCAAAAGAAUAAAUUGAAAUCUUUAAAAAAGUCAGAAUCAGCCACAAUGGUCCAUGGUUCAAAAUCUGAUGCUUCAGCUGAAAUUUAUACAACUGAAAAUGAAGAUGUUGAUGAAUUGAAUGUGGAAUUUCCAGAGUCAGUUGAUGUGGAGGGCACAGAAAUUGACUUUGAUGAUGAUGAUGAUGAUGAAGAUGAGGAAGACUCUGAAACCCAUGAUAUUCAAAAGGAUGGGAAAAUGAAUAAUUUUCUCAAGCCAGCAGUGUCCACUGAAGUGACUGACUUGUCAAAAGGUCGACCAAUCACAGGAUUGCAAGUUAGUCUUUACAAAUUGGUAGAUGGUAGGUGGACUUACAUCAAUGAAGGUGUUACUGGAUCCACUGGAAAGGUCACAGACUUCUUGGCUAGAAGUGAUUUUACUCUUGGUAGAUACAAGCUACACUAUGAUGUUGAUAGAUACUUUGAGGCCAGGAAACAGAAUACUAUGUACCCAUUUAUAGAAAUAGUGUUUGACUGCCAUCUUUACACAGACUCACACCACAUACCCCUGCUGCUGAGCCCUUUUGGAUAUACCACCUAUAAAGGAUCUUGAAGUUAUGAAUUUGUUUGAUUUUCCCACUGUAAUACAUUUCAAGAAUAAAUAAAUA